AUGUGGGAGGCCUCGCAGGUGGAGCUGCACGGCACUUACUCGACGGGGAGAGCGGUCGAUCUGGCCAAAUACAUCGGCGACACCACGUGGGCGCCCGUCAUAGCUGUUUUCAUGGGGACCCCGGGGCCGUGUCUGGUGGUCACACUCCUCAUCGACUUCGUGCCACUUCCCGACCCGUUGAAGGGGAUCAAAGCCAACAAACUCUUCUUGGCGAGGGAGUAUUACUGUUUCGUGGUGAUGACACUUCUCGCUAUUCACCAGUUUCGCACGGGGCUGUGGAUGUGCGACUUCCUCCUGUUCUUCAUCUACCCGUCGUAUUAUUACGUUUUCACCAGGCUAGAGCACGACGCUCAGAUGGCGUUUACGCUGCUGCUACCGGUGAUCAAACUGUUCAUGAGGAACCUGUUCGCUCGUGCUGUGGGGCAUCUCGGUGACGAGACACCUACACUUGUGAUUUUCAACGCCGACGUCUUUGGUUCGCUCUUCACAGCGUACUGCAUGCAGAGUUCACCUUCGUUCUGGACGACGAUGGAGCUCAUGGCAAUAGACGUUUGCUUGAUUGGGAUCUCGCUGCGUGACAUUGAAAAAGCGCUGCGAGCGGCAAGUCGACUGCUCUUGAGCGAGCGAGAAUACUGCUUGAGAGGGAGCCCCAGCUACAAGUAG